AUGAAGAAGGAAGCAAGAGAACAUUUCGACUGCAGCCAACUACAAGGAAUCGAGCUGGAUGAAAACCAUUUGAGUCACAGAGUAAUGGGAAAUGAUUUGAUGACAAUUUAUCCAUUUGAAUCAAAACGUGUUUCAAGAAUAACUCUGGCUUAUUUCGAGGAUAUAAACAUGUACGAUGUCGACUAUUCUAUGGCGGAUGAAUUCAAAUGGGGAAAAGGAUUGGGUUGCGAUUUCGUGUUGAAGAGCUGUUAUGAAUACAUCAAGGACAGAAAAAGCAGAGGACAAGAUAUUGAGCCGUACUGUGAUACUCCGAACGAACCGAAAUGCGCCGGUUAUGAAAACGGGAUCAGUGGCUGCCUUCUAUAUGAACACGACAAACAAUUAAACGAAAGGUUUCAGUAUAUGGAUAGUUUGUUCCCUUUUACUGCCAAACAAAAAGAGAAAUAUGGAGGCCAUAUGGCUUUUGACUACUGUCCAGUCCUUCUAAUUCAGCCAGGUGUAAAUGGUAGUUCACUCCUGUGCGAGCAGAAAGAUGAUUUGAAAACAGAUUCAAUAUCAAACAUGUUUAUGGAAUAUAGGGGUCCUAAUUCAGGUUGUUUUAAUGAUGAAACACAAACAUAUGUUAACAAAUCUGGAACUUACACUAUAAAGAAGAAAUCAUCUUGUCAUAAAUUCCAAUGUUCAAAAAAUAUUGGUGUUCAAGUGAUAUUUAACGAAAAGGCAUUUCAGUGUCCUGUUGGUGGUGGUCCACUACAUAUGGAGCAACAAUUGGGAAGUGGAAAUGUUUUUAUCGAUAUACAAUGUCCAAAGUGCACGUCAUUGUGUAAGAGUGAUAGUAUCUAUUCACAAAAUAUUGUUAAACGAUCAUCAAAUCGUCUUAAUUUGAAAAUCACACCAGUUUAUGAUAGAAAGGUUGAAACGAGUAAAGUGUUUUCAAAAAUCAAAAGAGCAGUUGAGGGUGCUGUCAAAUUCUGGGAGAAAGCUCUAAUUGUUGAGGUGAAAAAACAUGAGAAUGUAGUUAUUCAGAGAACAUGUAAAUUAGGUUCAAUGGUUACCAGUUCAAAUGAAAACAUACCACACUGUAGAAGAGACACUUGUAAAAAAAGUGAAACAUGUUUUGAUAUGGAAAUUCCUAAUAAAUAUUUAUCAGCAUGUCACGCUCGAAAAUAUGGUGAGACUGAAGAGGUGUUUACUGAAGGAGAAGGAAUAGCUCCAAAUGAAUUUGUAUUACUUGUGAGUUGGAAUUAUGUAGCGUGUGGCGUUAGUGUAAUUGCUUGGGCUUCAUACUGUAGUCAAGAUCCAGAUACUUUGAGGCCUAAUUUAGGUAUAGUGAAUUACUGUUUAAUGGAGGAUGCUAUUCUUGGAGCAAAUGACAAAAAGCUAGAAGAUGUUACAAAACAUGAAAUAUGUCAUGCAUUGGGAUUCCUUCCGAAUGUUUACAAUAACUUGCCAGAUUUAAGUCCGCAGUAUCGGAUGCCUGAUGGAAAGUUUCAAUAUAAUUUUGAUAUAUCAUCUGUCAAAUUUCCAGAAGGUUUAUAUCCAAACAUUAUUCAUAGUAAAUGUGAAUAA